AUGUCUUUCGGGUGGUCUGCAGGAGAUGUUAUUGCUGGCUUGAAGGCUGUCUGGGAAAUAUGGCAAGCUGUCUCUGAUGGUCCUCUCAAUGCUAGAUUCGAAGCUGCUCAAUUUUUCGACGAAUUCAUUCAUGUCACCAGUCGUCUAUCUGAAUGGGAGGCUCGUAGACUGUCAUUUAUGAAGGAUGAUCGCCUGCAUGGAUCCCAUCAGGAACUGCGGGACCAGUGUACGGAUUUCAUCAAGAAGCAUAUGUCAAUCAUCCAACGAGUCAACCCUAAUACCAAGGCGAUACGAUCACGGCGCUCAACAUGGAUACAAAGGGCCACUUUUACACAAAGUCAAGUUAUUGCUUUGUAUCAACAAGUUCAGUGGCCGUCUGAGCGCAAGGCGGUGACUAGACUUCGCGAGAAGCUACAGUUCUUUCUGGAGAUCGCCGCUUUCGAUGUCGGACUGGACACCAAUGCUAUGGUCCGAGAUAUGAAGGCAUCUCAAUCAUCCCAUGCAGAUUUACUAUCGACAAACCUUCGCCUAGUCUCUUCUCAUCUUGAUUUGGUUAAUCGAGUCACUCUCAACCUGAAAUUGAUCACAUAUCCGCUCGAGCAAGGAAACCAGGCGAGAGAGAUUGACUACCCAAUCCUCCGCCAAUUCGAGCAGGCACUUCACCCCCCGCAACCUAUACGUGCGAUCGAGCAAGGAACGCAGGCAGCCGAGCUACCGUGGCAGAACACACCGCGCUUGGGGGAGACCGAAUAUGCAGCGAUCUUACCACCGAACACGCCUUGUCAAGAUCAAGAAGUUUUGCAGCAAAAUGAAGUCCGGGGCUUAAUAUCUCAGAGGCUUGAUAACCUUUCGAUGCGAGUGAAGCGAGUCGAGACCAUGGACACCAUAUCAGAACUCGGAACUUCAGAGAUCGCCGAACCUUCUGUAAACCAAUUGCUUAAAAGGUUGCAAGACAUGCGGGGACAGAUUGCAGAAGCUGUUGGUGUUUUGAAUCACUCCAGUCCUCAGAAUGACAUGUCUGUCGCAGUCACGGAACCACGGACUGCACUUCAGCAAGAACUUGAAGCAUGGAACAAGUUGGAAGAGAGGAUCGAAAGAGAGAGGCUACAUCCUCCUAUUGGUAUUAUUCAACCACCAACACCUCCACGUCCAAUCCCCAUACCAUCACCCAGGUCCUCUGGUUCUCUGUCGCCGAUGACAUCUCCAUUUGAUGGGUGGUCCGGGCCCACAUAUGGCAGCCCAGAUCGGAAUCGAGGCUCCUUAUCCUCCUCACCCGGUCAGCCAAGACCUCUGUCCCACAGCAGGACCCAUUCAACAUCUUCCAUCUCCCGCAGGCAGUCAUUCGGUUUGGACCGUCAGAUCCCCGUGCAAUUAUCGUACCUUGAUUACCGUGCCAGUGCUGUCAUCCAGUCAAUCACGCGAUUUGACACUGGCGAUGUAGAAGUCAUAACGACAACGAGUAUGGACGGCAUGAUCAGAUUCAAGCAUACCAUCGAUGUUAACACACCCUCUCUCGUCGAGACGUCUAUGAAACCAUUUCUAGAUAACAGCCACAUUGACAAGACGCAUAAGCUACGAGUCCAGUUUCAAGGUUCACAUACUUUGAAGAUAACAAAACAAAAUGAGAAGCCAGUCACACUUCCGUUUCCACCAGUCUACAAGUUUAUCAACAAUGAGGCCGGGCUCUUCAAAUCCCCUAGACAACCUACCCGAAAGUCCAAGUCACUCACCCUAGAAAGCUCAGACGGCAAAGCCCCUUUCCUCGCCAAAAGUCUCUCUCGACGCAGUACUCAAGGUAGCGUCGCCACAAUCGCGAGCUUCGAAUCAAGUGCAGGGCCGGCAUAUGCUAGGAUAGAUCAGCGGUCCGGAUCUGGAUCUGGGAAGCCGGUGAGGGGGCUUAUGGUGGAGUUUUGUGAGGCUGACGAAUGUCUGGGAUUCUGGAACGAGUUUGUGAAGAAGGAUGUGGAUUUUGCAGAUAUUGGGUUAGGCCAACCAGCUCUUCCCGUGGAAUUACCUGCUUGA